AUGGACGUCCGACGGCGGACACUCGCCUCGGAGGGCCCACUCGGCAAUGCACUACCUUCAUCAGCCAUCCCCGUCCCAUCUUCAGCCAUCAAGAAACCACCCUCUCGACUUGGCUCCUCAAGACUGAGUAUGAUGCCUACCAACAGUCAACAAAACCUGCGUGAAGCGGCCCGUUCACGAGUGUCUUCGAAUAGUAAUCAUCAGCUUGCACCUCCACAAGCAUUGGCAGGACUCGGGAUGUCAACGUCAAAUUCUGGUCAUGAUCUAGCAGGUAGACGAAGUACAGUGAGGAAUGGAGAGAUGUCUGCUCCUAGAGGAGAUGGAGGUUUUUAUGGUCGUACUCCUCAAACUCAAAGAAGUUUACCAAGCAGCAUUAGACGAAGUUCUGUUUUCAUGGGUGGACGUCAAUCUAUGGUACCGGCUUCGUAUCCUUCUGCCUCUAUAAAAGAUAAUCGUCCCAUUCGAGAUCCAACUUUCAAAAGUAAUUGUAUAAAAAAUAUCUCGGAGUACUUAAAUUAUACUCGUUGUCCUUUACCUUUGACAUCGAAGACAUUAGUGUCCCCUACGACAAAAGAGUUUCAAGGUAUUUUUCGAUUUUUAGUGCAAGAUCUCUUGGAUCCGGGUAUGACUUGGGGUAAAAAAUUCGAGGAUGAUUGUUUACAAGUUUUGAAAGAUCUAAAAUAUCCAUCACCGGAAGGAUUAGGAAGGACAGCUCUUGGUGCUGCGGGUGAUCCACAACAAUGGCCGAAAUUACUUUCCAUGUUAAAUUGGCUCGUCGAGUUGUGUAGAGCACAUGAUCAUUGGUGUGAUCCAGAUGUUGUUUCUGAUCCUAUGCUCAUGCCUGCGAGAGAACUUCCUUUGGAUUAUCCGAAUCUAGAAGAUCGACUUUUAUGGGAUUUUUCUUCCAAAGCUUAUCAACAAUGGUUUGAUGAUGGUGCGGAAGAAUUUACAGAGGCAGAACAAGAACUUGAAGAGAUGUUUGAUCAAAUGACACAAGCGACAUUUGAAGAAUGUGAGAAGAUGGAAACAGAGUUGCAAAAACGUACCGUCGAAUUACAACAACUUCAAGCACAAGAGCCUCCGUUGAAGAAACUCGAAGAAGAAUACGUGCAGUUGAUGAGUGACAAAACCAAAUUUAUCGGAUACAUCGAUAUGCAUAGGGACAAAGCGGAAAAGAUGCGUCAAGUGAUGAUUAGAGCUCGAGCGGCGAUAUCGGACCAUGAUAAACAAAUUGACGACGCACGAACGGAAUUAUCUCGUAUUGAAUUAGCUGUCUCAGCUCAAAACCUUUCACCGGAAGAAGUCACUAGGAUGAACGAUUCUCGUGAAAGUCUCAAUCGUCAGCUUGAAGAUCUUCGUUUGAGAAUAUCCACCGUCAUGACAGAAGCGUACAAUCACGAAAUGCAAGUGACACGAGCUAUGGAUCGAUUCGAACAACUUUUAUCUGAUUAUAUCGUUCAAGCUCAACAAAUCGGUUUGAUGCGUCCAAUCGAUUCUUUGGGUCUUCCUUCUGCCAUACCGACCAACGUGGAUUUCAACCUCGAUGUGGAUCUUCGACUUGAAGACCUGGCUGAGAUUCAAUCCGCCGCGAGGAAGAUGCGAAUGGAAAUCAGACCUUCUUUAUACGCUCUCAGUGAAAGUGUGAGGAAAGAAAGUGAACAAUUAGCACAUGGACAAAUCGCCUUGGAAGAUAACUAUGACCGUUUGGCACAAGAGGUGGAGAGACAGAGGGAAGAAGCAAAAACGCUGGAGAUGAGAUUGAAACUUGUCAAUGAUCAAGCUGAUGAAGCCAAAGCUCAACUCCAAGCGGAUACCGCAGAGACAAACAAGACCGUCGCAAAGCUCGAAGCUGAGGUAACUGCCGUAUCGGCUGCAUCUGAACAAGGUGUCGUGAAUGCACAAGGGGAGUUGGAUAGGAAACGUAUAGAAUUCGACCAGCUGCGGGAGAAGACGGCAUUGCUACAAGAUACGAUGAUAACUCAGAUCUCUUCACAUAUCGAUAUUAUUUGGAAGGCAAAGGAUCACACUGCGAAUAGCUUGAAAAGUGUUCGAACGUUUGCAGAGGCUCAAUAG